UGUCUGAAUGUCAAUACUCAAUUGUUUUAAUUUAAUAAUUUAAUUUCGGCUUUCGCAGAUACUAUAUGAUGAUUUAUUGUUGGAAGAUAUUAUACUUUCAAACAGUUUAAAAUGGCGAUAACAGUAUAGAUUAAAAUCCUAGCCAUUAUCCAGUAACAAUAUUCAAUGUACUUUAUGGCCAGAAAUCAUGCCUUCAUCAAAUUCACAGACUACUUGUAUAACUCUGGAAACAUACCUUUGCGCGGCAAAAGAUUUCAUUGAAUUAUCAGCCAAGUUUAUGGACGAGUGGACUAUACACCAGGAUCACAGUGAAAGAUUGUAUACACAUUUGAAAAAAGAGGACUUUAUAACUCAUGUAGAUGAUACUGGAAAAGAAACUUUGUUUCGAGCAGAAUAUGCAAUAUUUUAUAACCUUAGCUAUGGAGUGCCAUCUUUCAGUUUCAAUGUGUGGGACUGUACAGGAAAGCUGUUGACUUUGGAGGAAGUUAGAGGAAUAUCACCAAUGAAUAUAAGCACCAAAGAUUUCUACUCUGUGGUAACACAGCAGGAGCAUCCUGUGUUUCAUCGGCCAUACUUUAUAAUUCACCCGUGCCACACUGCCGAACUACUGUCCAUGUUCAAGAAAUCCAGCAAGAAUAUCAUCAUUACAUUUCUAAGCCUUAUAACACCUUUAAUUCAGUUAAAAUUGCCAUUGGAGUAUGGGCUGUCAUCAUAAAAAUUUUAAUGGCAAUAGCCUCAAUUUCACCAAUACAACAAAAUAAACUGGGCUCACUACUGGUCUCUUAGAGAGAUUCUGCCACUCCAAUGCCAAACAAAUGCAAAGUAUACAACAUGUGUCUCCUCCCAAUACUAACUUAUGCAUGUCAAACCUGUUGAAUGACAAAAGGCCACCAACAAAAGCUAAAGGUAUGCUAACAUGGGAUAGGAAGGAGCAUGUAGCAUACAGUUAAAAAAAGUGAAGUACAAAGAAAAUGUCAAAAGCUGCUAAUGUAAUUUGUAACGGAAGCUGAAGUGGUGCUGGAUGGGACAUGUGAUCAGAUCCUUAAAAGAGAAAUGGUCAAAGUGGUCAUUCAGUAGAAAAUUCAGAGAUGGAAUAGGAGGCAAAGAUAACCUCACAAAAUAUGGGAAGAUGUCUUGCCGAAAGGAUGCCAAAGAGAAGUUAGAGACUGAGAGUGGCAAAGUCUGGAGGAGGCCUGUGUCAAAAGACAACCUGACUGCUUUGGUGUAAUAUAAAUUAAGUAAUAGUUUUAAGUAUAAUAUAUGUAAUUACCAAUCAGA